AUGGAAAUGAAUCUAUUUACUGAAGAAGAAAGUAAUGAAUUACAAAUGAUACAUGACCUUAUGCAGAAUAAAGUUGGUGAAUCAUUAACGUACUUAACUUUUGGAAAUUUCUUAUCUCAAAUUGGAGAAAAUGGAUUAGGAUUAAAAUAUUAUCAGUUAUUAUUAAACGAAAUACCACUAGAUCAUUCUUCUAUUAGUGUUAUUAAGAAUAAUAUUGGAGUUAUUUAUAGCAUAAAUGGACAGUAUUCAGCAGCAGCUAAAAGUUAUGACUCAGCAUUUGAAAACUUGAAAAUAGACCAUCAGAAAAUACUUUGUUCUGAUCCACUAACGCACAGUGAAAAGAGACAACAAGGACAAUGUUCUUCAUUUCGAAUGGAGUCUCUUGCGACAACAGAUGAUGAAAAGUUUGAUCUUUCGGCUAUAUAUGGUAAUAUUGCAAGAGUCUACUGUAGUGAACGUAAAUAUGAUGAUUCUUUAACAUAUUAUCAAAAAGCCCUGGAAAUUGCUGUACACGCAUUACCAAAAGAUUAUAAGUCUGUUCAACUGUAUUAUGAAAUGUUGGUAACAAUGAUGAAUAAAAAAGAGAUAGAAACAGAUAGAGAAGAUAGAAAAGAACUACAGACAACGCCUGAUUGA